GAGGAUGAUGAUGAGAGCUUCAUCAUUUCAUUUCUGCUCAUGUGGAGAAACACUAAGCAGAGAAACAUGCCAAAAAAAGGUAAAGCGAAAGGUGCCUUCCCCAUGAGGAACCUGAAGGACUCAAAGGUUCCUGUCCCUGUGGGGCGGCCCCAAUAUUACAGGGGUAAAUUAGGAGAAAGUUUGAACAUGGAAUCGGCAGGAUUCGACCUGUCAGACCCAAACAUGCGAGUGACGUGUGGAUCCUAUAACAGCUUCCAUGAUCCACACUUGAAGAGAUUCUUUUACCGACCAGAGAAGAAGAAGCAGCUGGUUAAACAGGGCCUCAUCACUGAGGAUGAUCAGGUGCUGUGCUCACUUAAAGAUCUGAUCCGGUAUAUAAAAUACGUCGAAAACGUUCAGCUGAGCUGGCACAAACUCUUCCUACAUGAAGAGAAGCACCUGCUAAAGAAUUUCCUGCGUCUGAAGGCGAAAGGUAAAGUCGCCGAGAACAUCAGCUCUGCCCACUUUAUAAACUGGCUCAUCCACAGAAGCAAGAGCUCCUUCAGGAACAUCAACAAGACCUACCCGAAAACCAGAAUCAAUCCAAACUACGCUGAACUGGUGUGGGAGAUAAAUCAAAGAAUCUGGCUGGAAAAACUGAAGAAAGUAGUUUUACAAGAGCUCUGUGUGGAACACAAACUCCAGCCUGGCCAGACGUCAUCAAGUGCAGAUAACCAGGCCACAGUCAACCAUUUAGAUCAGGACUCAACCCCUCCUGGUUCUCUUGAUCCUCUGCCUGGUUCAUCUCUAGUGGUUCUACCCACUGGAAACCAAAAUCAGAAAAGCUGCAAGUCGACUGAUGGGGCUGAAUUUGUGCUGGUUAUGGUGGAUGAUCUGCAAUCGGUUAUUAAUGGAAUCAGAACCAAUACAGUAGUGGAGGAAAUUCAGGAGAAUCUGGUCCCUGCUCUGAUGGAGUUUUUGAAGCCCACACCAAACACCUACGUGGAUCUUUAUGGCUCAGGCUCAAGUCAGGAUAAAAGCUUGACAUGUACAAAUGUGGAGAGUAGGAUUAAUUCAGAUAGUCCAAGUCUUCCUGACGGCUCAGUUUCAGUGUCCUCCAGUGACUCUGUGGAGAUGUCCUCCAUGUACACGUCAGCUGAGCUUUUGGUGCUGGAGGUGCUGAACUGUUCAGUGACUCUGGUGAAACAACAGCAGGAACAAAGCAGUGACAAAGCUUCAGAUGUUGAGGACUCAGACUUGGAUGAUAUUAGUGAACAGAACUUUUUCAUAGAAAAUUCAAGUCCUUCACCAAGUUUGUCUCUUAUUUCUUUACUUGAUGUCACCUCAAAUGAGAAGAAAACUCCACCUUGUGAUGAAACAGAACUUGCUCUCCAAUUCUCCACCUUUGAAGAAUCUCAAACCAAUCAGGUGACUUCUGGCUUUCCUGAAAGUAUCCAUUCUCAGACCACGACCACUAACGAGUCUGCAGAAGUGGAUGAAAUUGAACAAUUAAGUGAAGAUAUUGUUGGACACACCAUGGACAUGGUGAUUUCAAUUCUGACAAGUCAAGGGCUUCUAUCAUCAGAUUCUGAUAAAACUUCACCAUCCAAAUCUACUACACCAGACUUGGGAGGUUGUGAAUCUGUUGAAUCAUUUUUAAGCCAGAGUGACUCAGACAGUCAGUGUGAAGCCCUUAAAGGACAGGUAGAGCACAAAAAACGGAGUUCACCCAGCACAAGCGUCCACUCACUGGACAAACUGAGUCCAGAAUCAAAGAAGGUCCUCAGUGAAACUCUGAUAGGAAUCCAGGGUAAAUUAUCAACUCAGGAGUUUCCUCUGCCAUCCAAUGAGAUGAUUCCACCAGACAACACAGAUGCCAUCAUGGACCUCAUUAAUGGCAUCCUGAAGGAGAUUAAGGAAUCGUCCAGCUCAGAUUUCAUUCUUUCUGGAUCAUCCACCUCAUCAGGAAGAACAAACGUCUCCCCGUCAAAAGACGUUCAGUCUGGUUCUGAGGACAACAAGAUCAUAAAGAACAUCCAGUCAGACAGUUCAAUUGAAGAUAUUAUAAGUUCUGUACUUCACAACAUCCCAGAGCUCAGUUACUGCAGCAAAUCUACUGACACAAGAGAUCUGCAGAAAUGUCUCCCUAAGUUCAACGAUGACAGCAAAAAUUCUCCAGGUUCUGCUGAUCUGAUUAAGCUGUCUGACCCCUACAAUCUAAUUCCGGGGACAGUUAUGAACAAAUCAGCUUCAGAAAUGUUCAUGGAGGAGUUCACCAUUCCUGGGUCGGUCUAUGAAGAAGAAAUCCCUUUCAACCAGGAAUCACUUAGACCUUUGACUCCUGAAAUCCACCCAGUUAUAAGGCGACAAACUUUGAUUGCUUGGAAGACCAUGGAGAAUCUGUCUCUUACACCACCUGAGACAAUAAAUGAUGCAGAGAACCAAACCAUCCAACAUGUUCAGUCCAUACAAACGAGAGAUGAACCCAGCACAGCUGCAAAUGCUUCAGAUGUCUUGGGUGCUGCAGGAGCUUCUGUCAACAAAACUCCAAAUAAAAAACCAACUGGCGCUAAAAUGAAGAAGAAAAAUCAGGUCCUUGCUUUCUUCAGGAGAGCCUGGCAGGCAGUGAAACGGACCUUUACCAAACCAUCCAACAAGAUUUACCCUGCCUAACUUUUCAGUUCUUCUCAAUCCAGAAAGGAGCAGAAUUAUAUUAACUCCUCAGCUAGUAAACUCAUUAUGAGGGAAAUCUCCUUGCAAGACCAUCUUUGUGAAGAGCAGAAGACUCUACGGAACCACUUUUUCCACCAUCAGGAUUUGGACUUUUAUCAUUGUGAAGCUGCCUUUGUCUUUGCCAUCCACAUGGCACUACUGUGUUCUGCCCCGUACUGGACCCUCCAGACUUAUAACACUGGUCAACCUAGUUCUCUUUCCCUACUCAGUUCUUAGCUGGGAGCUAUGCAUUCGAGAGCUCUCCUGUACCGGAAUCUUCUCUGGUGCUCUUAGGGUAGGGUACUCAAUGGUCUUUGCUUCAAUUCUACUAUGGUUCCACUUACUGUGCCACUGUCUUUAAUCUAUUCUGAGUAGGGUAUGAUUUAGUUCCAUUUUGGUAUAGACUUCUUCACUAUACCAGAGUCUGUGGUUCCUGGUGUUUCUGUUGAGAACUGUUGGUUGCUAGAAUCUGGGUAACGCUGUAUAAGACUGGUGGUGUAGGAUUGUGGUGAGCUGAACAUCUUUAUAGAUGUUGGGCUCCUCCCAUAACAGGACUCUCACUUCAACACCUUAAGUGUUGGAUUACAGAAUGAAUACUGGGAUUGUGUGAGCUGAGCUUCAUCUUUAUAGAUGCUGGGCUCCUCCCAUUACCAGGAUUCUCACUUUAACACCUUAAGUGUUGGAUUACAGAAUGAAUACUGGGAUUAUGUGAGCUGAGCCUCAUCUUUAUAGAUGUUGGGCUCCUCCCAUACCAGGAUUCUCACUUCAACACCUUAAGUGUUGGAUUACAGAGUGAAUACUGGGAUUGUGUGAGCUGAGCUUCAUCUUUAUAGAUGUUGGGCUCCUCUCAUACCAGGAUUCUCACUUCAACACUCCAAGCAGAGCAUCAUUAGUUACCUCAGCACCAGUGUAUCUUUGACAUGUACCUACUCAGCAUUGUCCUAAUCUGUGGCACUUCUGUACAUCUGGAGGAGUAAAUUAUUUUCACUAGGGGGCAGAACAGAACUCCACGGCUCAAGAAUUAUGAAGACAUCAUGCCAGCUCCUCACCAAGGUAUUGCAAUGGAGACGACGAUCUAGCUGAGGAUGUUAAUAUAAUUUUAUCUACAAGCCAGGACCAAGCGCUCAGUUGUUCUAGCUGUGUUUCAUCUCGCAGUGCCAGCCAGAGGAGGAUGGACUCCCCCUACUGAGCCUCGGUUCCUCUCAAGGUUUCUUCCUCUAAGCUCUGAGGGAGUUUUUCCUUGCCACUGUAGGCUUCGGCUGCUCACUGGGGGUUCAAGCACUGAUCUUGGACCAUCUGGUUUCUUCUCUGCAUCAUUCCUUUCAAUAAAGUUUGUGUACAUGAA